AUGAUAAACGAACGUGCGCCUCUUGUUCUGCUGCUGCUUAUCGCCUGCCUGCUUCACCCCAGUCAGGGUCUGCCAAAUGGCCGGAUUUUGGGGGGCGAGGAUGCCAGCAGCGGGCAGUUCCCCUGGGCGGCUUCCUUGCGUGUGAAAAACGUGCACACCUGCGUGGCCACCAUCAUAUCAGAGACAUAUCUGCUCACGGCGGCGCAUUGUGUUUCCCAGACGGGUCUUACGCCAUUACCUCUCGACCAAAUCAAUGUACGCGUGGGAAGCAUCAAUCAACAUGCAGGUGGAAGCAUUGUGAGUGUCAAGGAAGUGCUCAUUCACCCAUCCUAUGGAAACUUCUUGCACGAUAUUGCAAUCCUGACACUCAGCGUACCCCUCACUUUCAACGAGAAAGUUAACAAGGUUGCACUACCCGAGUCUGAGGAGGAGGAGGGUAGCGGCGAGGAAGGUGGAGAGGGCGAGGGUGAGGGUGAGGCAGAGCUACCAAAUGGAACGCCCGUGCAUGUAGCUGGCUGGGGUGAGCUGCUAAGUGGCGGCUCUGCGUAUUACCUCCAGUCGAGCACUUUCCAAACGUUGAGCUCACACUAUUGCGAGCUGGCUGCCGGUUAUGGAUAUGAGUCCGUUCUGUGCCUAGAGAGCGGCGAGAGACAAGGAGUUUGUCGCGGUGACGCCGGCGCGCCCGUUGUGGAUGACCAGAAAACGUUGCAGGGACUGGUUAGCUUCCACUUCGGUAACUGCGGCACCACUAGUCCCGAUGUGGCCAGUCGCAUUGUCUACUAUAAGGACUGGAUAAAUAACAAUACGCAGUAGAUACUGCCGUACAUGUUUUUCCAUUUUUUUUUUAUCUAUACUAUAUUUUGUUUGUAUAAAACCGGAUUCAUGCAAUAUU